CUCUCUCAUCCCCAAACAUGCACCUUCGCCCGGAAUCCCGGAUCGACACAACGCAAGCAAUACCACCACAACCAAACCUCUCAAUAAAUCACACCCAACACCUACCCUCAUCUCCCCACACCCCAAUCAAGUAUCUCACAUCAUCUAUCGAUGGGCCGCCCCGCGGGCGUAGUCGGGCGCACGCAGCUCAAGCAGGACGACCUGGUGCGGAUCCAGACCCUGUCGCGCGACGCGCGCAUGGGCCCCUCCGAGAUCCGCCGCGUCACCGGUUACUCCAUCCACCAGAUCAAGUACGCGCUCAAGAAGAAGACCCCCACCGUCGGGAAGCGGUCGGGGAGGCCGCGCAAGGCUGGGGGGAAGACGGAGGGGGAGGCGGCGGUGACGGCGGUGGAGGGGGGGCCAGAAGGAGUUGGUGGUGCUCACGGGAGCGGUGAGGUUUUGGGGGACUCUGAGGGGGAUGCUGGUGUGGAGGGGAGUGGGGAGACUGGGGAGAUGCAGGUGGACUUGGAGGUGGGAACGGGACUCGGAGGGGAGUUCGUUGGCCAGGCCGGACCUGGGCCAUCAAUUGAACAACGCGUGCUUGAAUAUCAAGAACAACAACCACAGCAGCAGCAGCCGCAGCAGGAACAACAACCGCUCGCUGAACACAAUGAACCUCAGCAUCACCCAACGGGGACCAACCACGAAACCGGGAGAGAGUAAUGAGGGGGUCCCUGAGCUGACACCCCCUCAAGGCCGGUUGGUUCGGGCGAUGUGGUGUAUUAAUUAUGCUUGUUCGACAACGUUCUCUUGCCGCAAACCUGUAACCCUGGGAUGAGAUCUUGGCGAAGAGAGCCCAAUGUUUCGGGCCUUGUACCCAACGACUAAUGACUAUGAUUGGAGUUAACUAUGUGUGCAGGAUCUCGUGUUCACUGGGCUUCAAUGUAACACACGCUCAGGACCCAGCGGAUUGGCAUUCAAGAAUGGAACCGAAAAGCGACGGUAAACGAGUGUCUCCCAGGAUUGAUCAAACAACAAAAACCCCAAGAGGAGCCUAAAACUACAGUUGUAAAAGCCCAUCCGAACCACAACUAUCACCUUUUUUGUUCCC